AUGAUUGACGAGCCGAUGCGAGUCGUUUUAGAGAUGAUCGAUGCUGUGAUGAAAAAAACAGAUGCUAUGUCUGGCGCGACUGAUACUUUACCUCCCCUUAUGUCAAAUCUCAAGAUAGAGGAGAAAACGGACGACCCUCCUGGACGACGGCAGGAGGAGGAUGAGGGAGAGCAGGAUUCGAGCGAGUAUCCCGAUUAUUUUCUUGGUUUAAGUCGUGACAUCUUUGAAAGGUCAGUGAAGAGAAAUUGCGACACGGACGAGGAACGCCAUAGGGCUAUGAAGUCCAUCGCCAGAUUUUGUGCACUUGUUGAAUCGCGUGCUCCUCGUACUAUUGAAGAAUUCGAGGCAUCCAUCCCUGACGAUCCUGACGACUGGACACAAGAGAUGUGGGAGUAUAUGUACCAAAAGGAACAGGAGAAGGUGAGGAAUUUCGAAGAGCAGCAGUUGGCUUUGGAGAAGAAGAAGCGGAUACAAAAGCGCGAUUGGAUGAAACAUAUCGAAGAAGACGGAAAAUUGCGAAGAAGACAAGUAAAAGAGAGAGAGAGAGAGCUCAAGUGGCUUGGCUUGAAUAUGUCUACUGUUUUUCAUGUUCUAAAUUAA